CCCCCCCCCCACCAAAAAAAAAAAAAAAAACACCAUGAAAUUCAGUGAGAUAUCCCACUUCAGCCACCCACACCACAGUCUGAAAUUCGAAUACACGGAAUUCCCAUUCAAGUGCGACGGAUGCAAAGAAGUAGGCAUAGGGUCUCGCUACAGUUGCACCAUCUGCGAUUUCGACCUCCACAUGCACUGCGCCAUCCCCACCCCAUCCAUCUCCCACCCUUUCUACACCAAAUGCUCCUUCCAAUUCCUCUCCCGUCCCCCGGGAGACCUCCCUCGCUUCUGCAACGCCUGCGAAAAGGACGUGACCGGGUUCCUCUACCACUGCAAGACCUGCGGUUUCGACCUCCACCCCUGCUGCGCCAAGCUCCCCAUGGUGCUCGACGACGGGGAUGUCAAGCUCUACCUGUACAGGAAAGUCAGCUCUCCAUGCCAUAAAUGCGGGAGAAAAGGGAGGAGCUGGAGCUACAGGUCGAAAUGCAAGAAGUACAACUUGCACGUGGCUUGCGUCAAGGAAAUGCUGGUUGAUAGUUGGCAUGAGAUAUAUGUUGGACGUGGGAAAGGAAGGAGGUUGGAGAUGAAUAAGAUUCCGAGCUUGAAGAACACUCUGCAGAGCCAUCACAAAAAGAGUAAAGGUAAGGUGAAGAAGUGUUGUGAGAUGGCUGGGAUGGCUCUUCAGUUUGUUAUAUCUGCUGUGCUUGGUGAUCCUACUACUCUUAUUGCUGGGGUUAUUGGGUCUUUAAUGUCUAGAGGAUGAGGAUGAUGAUAAUCACAUUCAUGUUUAUGUUCAUGUUAGUGUCAUAGGGGAUAAUGGGGAUUAUAGGAUAGGCCCCUGAUGUAUUUGGAUGGUUGUAAUUUUUAGAUGUUAAAAUGUGCAUGGGAGCUUGAUCUUGUUUAUUGAAUAAAUUCUCUCUCUAACAAGCAACAUAUUCCUAUUGUUUUAGGAAA